GGUACAGUUGAAGCGGAACCGCUGAGUGCAGUGAGGCUGGUGAGGGGGAAGAUUAAUCAGGGCGCACAGGCAGACAGCUGUGUCAGAACGUAUCUAAACAGUAAGAGCGUUUACUGUAUAAUAUCAGCUUUAUUAAUGUAGCUGAAACAGAGGAGAUGGUUUUACCAGCGCUGAUAUAAUACAGGUGCCUAGGUUGGGAAACGUUCAGUAAACCGUCCACUGUGGGGACGUCAUAUCUGAAAAUAAUUUAAACACAUUUACGAGGAAGUUAAAGUCUAAGUCUAAGUGUUCCUGACUCUCUGAUAAUCCCAGCCUAAACAUACAGCGAUAUUAAACACUUCAGUGAGCAGAAAUGUGGGGUGAGAUAGAGCCAAGCUUCAGACCACAGAGUCCAGAGACUUUUGAAAACGAUCAGCCGCUGAGGGAUGACCAGGAGGAAGAGGAGGAGGAGGAUGAAGAUGAGGGUGACGACAUGAUGCAGAGUGCUGCUGUGGUUUGUGCUCAGUCUACAGCACCCAAGGGACCGGGAGAAGUUUCCUCCUGUGGUCUCAGUGCCAUGAUUGAGGCCAUAGCGUCCAGUGGAAGUCCAGUGAAGAGCCAGCAGCUGGGAGAGCCGGAUCUUUCUGUAGAGGAGAAGAAGAAAGUCCUGCUGGAACAGUAUGAAACCAAGCCUUUAGUCUUCCUGGAGCGUUACCACGCACACAUGCAACCAGAGCACUUGGAGGCCUUCUCUCACCUGAGCAGUGACUGCAGAGCACAGUACUACUGCACAGAGGUCCAGAAACGAGCGUCCUGUUCAUCCAACAGAACGAGAGUCCGCAACCACCGAUAUGCAGCCCUCCGAGCACUUCAGAAGGAGGGCCAGUACUUCAGUGAGGAGCAGAUGAGGUUUCGGGAGCCUCUGCUGUAUGAGCAGUAUAUUGGACAGUAUCUGAGCGAUGAAGAGAUCCUGCAGCGAUCUGAACAAGCCAUGCAGCAAGGCCCAGCCUGUCUGUCUGACCUGCUCAUCAGCUCCUACCAGGAGAAACAGCUCCAGAACCGACUGCAGGAGGAGCAGGACAGAGAGCAGUGUGCAGAGGAGGAGGAAGAGGAGGAGGAAGAGGAGGAGAAUAAUGCGUCUAGACAGGCCGAGUGGGAGCCCAGUGCUGAAGAGAAGGCUAUGCUGAGAGAAGAGUUUCUGAGUCAGAUGCAUCAGCGAUUCCUGGAUGGCAAAGACAGGGACUUCAACUACAGUGAAGUGGAUGAGAACCCAGAUUAUGAUAACCUGGACAUCUUAAACCGUGAUGCUGAAGAGCGCUACUUCGAUGAUGAUGAUGAUAAUGAUGAAGAGGAGGAGGGUGAUUAAGAAAAGGAAAACAAGAUGGACUAAUCACUGCUGUUUGAGUUUUAAAUAGAGAAGAAGUUCUACCUUCAGCCUCCCCUGCAGACCUGCUCUCUCCUGAUGACGGAGUCUUGUGUGCGCCGUUGGCCUGGGGUGGAACUGUUGUGCAGAAGCUGAAAUUAUUCCACAAGAGGGGAUUAUUACCUUACAUAAGAUCUCUCACACACACACACCUGCUAAAAACACCAAUUCAGCCCAGUACAAUACAAACAGCUCUUUAGAAGAGACAGAGUGAUAUAAUUUAUAUUAUACAGAGCAUUACAGUCUCCCUAUAUAAAAUAGUAACAGUUUCCUAUAGACGGUCUUAGCUACAUGAAAAAUGCUCAGUGUCCUAUUAAUUAGAUUAUUCACUUAUUCAAAGCAUGAUUCAGAGUGUUCAUUCAUUUGUCAUCAGAAAAUACUAAUACUUAAUCAUUUUUUUACUCUCCAACACAAUUUUGUGUAUUUCAAUGUGUUUUUAUCAAACCUGUAUCCCUGUCUACAUAUGAAACACGUCUUUAAAAAAAAAGUACUAAAAAAUAUCCGCUUUGUUUCAUCCCUCUGCUAAAUUGCCAUCCAGUCACACUAACAUGUUUUGUUCUUUUAAAAAAAUGGUCUGUAAUAAAAAGAUCACAAAGAGGAAGUGACAUCA